AUGCCCGAUGACGACGAUAACGAUACCUCUGACAAGCCUUCGUCUACUGUUCGCAAAGCCGACGCCUUGAUCAACAGCGGCUCUGAUGAGAGCUACAAGCGCCAUCGUGGCACCAGCAAUGACAUUAAGAAGAUUUGCUUGAAGCAUGGCGAAAAGCGUCACAUUCUAAAGUUAUCUUCUCGCCACUGCACUCUGGUGUAUAUCCAAGCAGUCGCUAGUCAUGAGUUUGGACUGGAAUAUCAUUCUUGCCGAUUGAAGGUACUGGUCGGAGAUCCUCCCCGUAGAAAAGUGCUGAAAGACUCCAGAGUCAAAAAAUUGCAGAACCUGGCAUUGGUCUUGGUAACAGGUAUCUCCAAAAAUGGUGCACCAUCCGACAAUGAAUCUACCACUGGUAACAAGGAGAAUCAAUCCAGUACAAAGCAGGACCAAUGCAGCGACAACCAAUCUAGUAACGACCAGAACCAAUCGAAUGGCAAGCCGAGUGAAGACUCCGUGGUAGAUUUGACGGCGGACGACGACAAUGAUGACAUUCCAAAAGCGGACUCUGUCAACGUGCAUGAAGCCAAGCGCUUGGCAUUGUGGAAACAGCGACAACACUUAAUUAAACAACAACAUGUCCCCUUUGGAACCUUUAACGGAGAGGAUAUUUACCGCAACAAAAUUGAUGACACCCAAGAAGAUUGGACCCAAGGAUUCUACAGUCUCCCCGAACUGGUCCCACCCCAUUGUACCAGUGCUCUGGCCACCACCUUUCAUUCCAGCGGACUGCACUAUUUCCAACAAGUCUUUACGGAUCUCCCGGAAUUGCUCGUGGGUCUACGAGUCGUUGUCUCUGGAAAUAAUCUCAUUGAACAUCAAUGGCAACGACAACGCGAUGUCUUGUGGAUACAAGACUUUCAUACUACAAACGAGUUGGCAAAAGACCACAACAGCAACCCAUUUGAAGAUCGCAUACGGACGUUUCUGUCGGACCUGACAGAAUGUGAUCAGUCCGACCACCAGACCGUGGUUCAAGGUCGGAUUCACGCACUCCUCCAAGGCAUUGACUUUUCCAAUCAUCAAGCACACUUGGUCUUUUCCUUGCCUCGAACCAAGGAAGAUAAAGAGGCAAUGAAGGAUUGUGGCGGAUACCAGCAAUUGGUACUGGCCGUGGCAAAGGCCGAACUCAAACAACGUAUUUCUGUGACAUCCAAGAAUGCCAUUCUCUAUGCCACGUCGGGCUCCAUGGGGAAUCUGAAACCAGGCUUUUUGUGGCAAAUGCAUCAAGCCAUGCAAGGCAUUCAAAGCUUUUCCGAAGACACGGCCACAUGGGAACAAGUGGAUGAUCGUGUCAAGUGCCUGUGGCCGUCUGUGGAAUUGGCGGCACAAUCGGAUCUGACCGGGUUGCGUUGCAUUCGUCCUUUGCCGGCGUAUCAUUGGAACAAGAACAUUCCCGUUCAAAGUCGAACCAAUAUCUUUGGCAAUGCCUCGCCCAAUCCUCCCAAUAGCAAACUGUACAAGCAUGGUCUUUCGACGCACGAACAACAUCUAGCACUUGCCCCCACCACCCAUGGAAAGUUCCUGUUCAACACCGAAGGAGUUCUCUAUGUAGGGUCGCACAACUUCAGCCGAGCUGCAUGGGGAUUGGGAGAUGCAAUGCCCAAGAACGUAGAACUGGGAGUGGUCAUGGUGUCUUCCAAACCUGUCCGUAUUCAAGCAUGGGUAGAACGACUGCCUUGUCGAUUGGUUCCACCCAGCAAUACUGGCCCCCAAUGCUACCAACCCUUUUGUGGCUUGAACUAUCAAGGCUUUUUGGACAAGCAUGCCUUGAGCCAGCAGCGGAAGGAGCAGCAAAAUGGCCAUCAAGAUUGUUGGGAUUGA